GCAGAGAGAAAUUGACUAAUUAGCAAUGCGCACUAAAACUUGACGGUUCUUUAUAGAGAGAAGAGAAGAGAGAGGGAGAGAGAGGGAGAGGGAGGGAGGGGGGGCUCGCUUUUUCCCCUUCUUUCUUCCAAAGAUGUUUGAAAUCGCAGUCAUUUAAGCUCGACAAUUUUUACAAUAGCCUUGAGCCAUAAUUUUGCGAGUCUCUCCAGCAUCCAUCCUCCUGUAUGGUCUCUCUCUACUGGCCAAGCACGACCAUUUCUCUCCCCAACCGUGGAUUUCCUAUUACUCUCGUUACGACUCACUGAGCCCCAGGCCCAAGGAUAAUGAUGUGUUGUUUCUUGGUAGCAUAAUUUGUCACACGUACAUUUUUUCUUCUUCUUCUCUUGCAGAAAGCUCUGCUCCCUCUCUCUCUCUCUCUCUCCCUCUCUCUCUCCUCUCUCUCUCCCUCUCUCUUUCUCUCUUUUCUCCCUCUCCUAUAUUUUCUUGCUGUUGCUAAUUCAUGGUGAUCAAAUGAUGUACGACAAAAUAAAUUGUACAGAGUGACGGCCUGGAGUUGGGAUCCAGAAGGUGUGCUCCCCUCCCAAGGAGAGACAAACCUUUAAAAAGGAAGGACAAUUGAUUUUGGGGGGAGCUUAAGUGAGCCCUGACUUUGCAGCUGGCUGACAGCAGGUUGGAGGAGGGUUUAAAGCCAGGUGCGCGGAGUCAGCUCGCCAUGUCCAGAUCCGGGGACAGGACCUCCACCUUCGACCCCAGCCACAGUGACAACCUGCUGCACGGCCUCAACCUGCUGUGGAGGAAGCAGCUCUUUUGCGACGUGACCCUGACGGCCCAAGGCCAACAGUUCCACUGCCACAAGGCCGUGCUGGCCUCCUGCUCGCAGUACUUCCGUUCACUCUUCUCCAGCCACCCCCCUCUCGGGGGAGGGGUCGGCGGCCAAGACGGCCUGGGGACCCCCAAGGACCAGCAGCAGCCGCAGCCGCCGCAGCAGCAGCCUACACAGCAGCAGCAGCCGCCACAGGAGGAGCCCGGGACUCCUUCCUCCUCCCCCGACGACAAGCUGCUGACCAGUCCCCGAGCCAUCAACAACCUCGUGCUGCAGGGCUGCUCGUCCAUCGGGCUGCGCCUAGUGCUUGAAUACCUCUACACGGCCAACGUGACCCUCUCCCUGGACACCGUGGAGGAGGUGCUGUCGGUCAGCAAGAUCCUGCACAUCCCUCAGGUCACCAAGCUCUGCGUUCAGUUCCUCAACGACCAGAUCUCGGUGCAGAACUACAAGCAGGUGUGCAAGAUCGCCGCGCUGCACGGCCUGGAGGAGACCAAGAAGCUGGCCAACAAGUACCUGGUGGAGGAUGUGCUGUUGCUUAACUUCGAGGAGAUGCGCGCCCUGCUGGACUCGCUGCCACCCCCCGUGGAGUCGGAGCUGGCACUUUUCCAGAUGUCCGUGCUGUGGCUGGAGCACGACCGUGAGACCCGCAUGCAGUACGCGCCAGACCUCAUGAAGCGCCUCCGCUUCGCGCUCAUCCCCGCCCCGGAGCUUGUGGAGCGGGUCCAGUCUGUGGAUUUCAUGCGCACCGACCCGGUCUGCCAGAAGCUGCUGCUGGACGCCAUGAACUACCACCUGAUGCCCUUCAGGCAGCACUGCAGGCAGAGCCUGGCCAGCAGAAUUCGCUCUAACAAGAAAAUGCUGCUGUUGGUUGGAGGGUUGCCUCCUGGGCCGGACCGACUCCCCAGCAAUCUGGUUCAGUAUUAUGAUGAUGAAAAGAAGACAUGGAAAAUACUCACAAUUAUGCCUUACAACAGUGCCCACCACUGCGUUGUAGAGGUGGAGAACUUCCUGUUCGUGCUGGGUGGAGAGGACCAAUGGAAUCCAAAUGGAAAACAUAGUACAAAUUUUGUCAGCCGGUAUGAUCCCCGAUUUAAUAGUUGGAUCCAACUUCCACCCAUGCAAGAAAGAAGAGCCAGUUUCUACGCGUGCCGCUUGGACAAGCACCUGUAUGUGAUUGGCGGGAGGAAUGAGACCGGCUACCUCUCCAGCGUGGAGUGCUACAACCUGGACACAAACGAGUGGCGCUACGUGUCCUCUUUGCCUCAGCCUCUGGCGGCCCACGCGGGAGCAGUGCACAUUGGAAAGAUAUACACUUCAGGGGGUGUGCACAAUGGAGAGUAUGUCCCAUGGUUGUAUUGCUAUGACCCGGUCAUGGAUGUCUGGGCCCGCAAACAAGACAUGAACACAAAACGCGCCAUCCACACUUUGGCUGUGAUGACCGAUCGCUUGUAUGCAAUUGGAGGGAAUCAUCUGAAAGGUUUCUCCCACCUUGACGUCAUGCUUGUGGAGUGCUAUGACCCAAAAGGUGACCAGUGGAAUAUUCUCCAAACUCCCAUCCUGGAAGGUCGAAGCGGCCCCGGCUGUGCAGUGCUUGACGACAGCAUUUAUCUUGUGGGGGGCUACAGCUGGAGUAUGGGUGCCUACAAGUCAUCCACAAUCUGUUAUUGUCCAGAAAAAGGAACCUGGACAGAACUCGAAGGCGAUGUGGCCGAACCCCUGGCAGGCCCAGCCUGUGCGACGGUCAUUCUACCAGCUUGUGUACCCUACAACAAAUGACAGCAGGAACCCCCGGCAGAGUGCCACCUCUAGGAUGGAGCAACAGAGGAUGUGCUGUCCUGCAUGGACUGUGCAUUCCAAUGCUACAACUGCCCAAGUCCACCUUUGGUUCCUGAUGACUUACAAGCAACUACAGAAGGAAGAGGCCUGGCCUUGAGCAGAGACUGUUGUCUGCAACUCAGGCCACGCUCGACUUGCUGUGGUGACAGAUUCUUCCGUAUCAGGCUGGUUUUAACUUGUUCCGCCUUUACACAAACUCACACAGAGCUGAACUUUCAGAGAGGGAAAGAUAAACCACAGAAACCUGGCCCCAGAGACCUAAGAUCCGUAUUGUGCAUCGUUUCCUAACUGCAUGUAAUAGACGUGGACAUUUGGAGGAUAUUUUGUACAUGAAUGAUUCAAAAUCCGACCUACCAAAACGCUUACCCUGCAUUCCAGAAAUUGCCACUUGAUUCUGUGUUGGUAAAUAUGCUUGGCUUCUCCACCAAUUCCAUAGGUAACACGGCGACAGAAAACCACAGAAGAUGGAAGACAGGCGUCUUUGUACACAAUCGUAUUUUGUAUUCCUUAUGGCUUCCCACAAGAUUCGGGGGAAAGUAUGCUGUUAGUCUCUUUGGCAAUUGUUCUCUGCCAGAGUCUUAACUGUGUUUUUGAUUCUCCUUGAAAAUUAAAACAAAGUGCACCCUGUCGCUCUUCAGUUCCCAGAGGCUUAAGCUUUCUCAUUUCUUAUAGUAUUUUAAGUAGUGAACAUAAGGACAAUUUGCCUCAAAGGAUAAGACCAACAACCCAUCGUAGAAUAACUCAGAAAUUCUGUUGGAUAACAAUUUGUUCCAAGUUUAAUCCAUAAUAAAAAAAAAACCUAGAAAUUACUUUCAAAAAUUCAGCUACACAAGAAAAACUUUCUCUCAAGUACAACCCAAUUAUCUUUCUAACUCUUAAAACACAUGAGGUGACUUCGUGAAUAAAAGCACUUGCUUCUCAGGCAGAAAACCCAGGUUUGGUUCUCAGCACCAACAUGGUGGCUUACAAUCACCCGUAACUCCAGUUCCAGAGCAUCCAUUGUACCGGGCAUGCAUGCAGUGCACAUACAUACAUGUAAACAAAACACUUGUACACAUAAAAUAAUAAUAAAUACAUCUUUAAAAUAAUUAUUUUUUUAAAAAGGACUUACAUACUCAUAGUACCUGACAGCACGCUUCCUCAUCUUCAGCUGGCUGUGUGAUCUCAGUUCUCGUUACUCCUCCACUCACCCCAUUGUUUGUUAUCACCUGAGAUGCCUGGACUGGGUUGAGUGAGCAACUGAUGCUUGUUUUUAGGAACUCAGAAGAGAUCAGGAGAGCAUGACAUGGUCUUUUUGUGGCCAAACAGAAAUGCAAAGCUAUCAGGAACACAAACCUGACUUCAAACUCGUCUAAGUUGUUUGACUAACAGCUCAUGGGCAAUUACAAAUGCCUAAAUAUUUUUUUUAUCACAAAGAAGUGUUGAACCCUUCAAUAAAUGUGAUGUUCAAAAUUCCAAGUAGGUGAAUCCACAGAUGAGAACAAAUGCCUUCCUGGGAAACUUUCAUGAGCACCUCAAGAUGGCUGGGCGUACCAAAAUCCAACGUUUCUACAGAAAAGUGCAAUCUUUGUUGUUUUUGUAUUUAUUUGUAUGUUCAGAUCCAAAGGAUCCGUUGUAAAAAUAUAUAUGUGAAUAUAUAUACAUAACCAGUGCAAUCAGCUUUCAUUUCUUUUUCCUUGAAAACAUACAAAUACAUAGAAAGAAAGACAAUAAGAAUAUGGAAAACACCCACUGGCUUUCCUAGAGAGCACAUGCUGUUUCAGAAACCAUAUUCUCAGCUGCCACUGUUUCUUCCAAGAGUCGCUGUUUAUACAAGGGUAUCAGCUUUCUUUAGAUUGUUUUUUUCACUUUAUUUUUUAUCACUAGCCAAAUUAAAUAAAAGCAUUUAUGAGAACUCUAAGUAAAGUUUUCUGUAUUUCAGAGAGAUACAAACUUCUAGAAAGUGAAAAGUGAAUAAAAAGUCACAGAGAAUGUAAAUUUUGUACAAUACUAGAAUGUAAAUGAAGCUUGCUUGGAAGGGAAAAAGUUUAAAUAAAAACUUUAUGUACUAAUGCA